UCUUCUCUGACAACCGAAGAGGAAGAAGAAGAAGAAGGAAGAUGUCCUCUGUGAAACUGGGGGCGCUGUGCACCGCGGGGCUGGCGGGCCUGUGGAGCGGCUCCGUGCCCGCUGCUGCUGCUGCUGCUGAGGGGAAGAAGAAGAACUCCCAGCCGCUGCUGAGCCUGGAUGAGCUGCCGUCUCUAUACACCACACCUGAAGCGGGGCCGGUCUGCGCGGAGCCGGACGUCGGCCCGUUGGAGCAGAGCGUCGCCUCGCUGAGGAAAUGGGCGGAGCCGUACACGAACCAGUGUCAGCAAACCAGUCAGGCAGCGAUGGGGAAAAUUGAGCAAGUGUACAAGACUGUGGAGCCUUCGGUCAACUCGUCAAUAACCACAGUCACAGACGUGUACCAGUUCCUCAGUGACCCCCCCCCUGACCUCUACCCCAGUGUGGCAGCGGUUGGUUUUUCUGGUUUCCUGGGACUUUACUUGGCUAAAGGCUCCAGGGUGAAGAGACUGUUGUUUCCAGUCGGACUCGUGGCUCUGAGUGCGUCCAUGUUUUACCCUCAGCAGGCCGCAGCCGUGUUAAAGGGGAGUCGAGACUCGGCGUUCACCUGGGCUCAGCAGGGCAGAGUCACGCUGGAGACUCUGUGGAAAGAACCACCGUUUGGUAAAAAGAAGAAGUCUGAGAAGAAAGAGCAAACAGAGAGCAACGACUCGAGCAGCUGAGACGACGUGAAGACGCACGUCUGCCUCCCGACAGACGUCCACCUUCCAGUAACACACACACUCGUAUGACCUCGUUUUUUAGGUUCAUUCUUUGAAUAUGUUAAUGUGAGCAUCCACCCGGAGCUACAGAUUCUAACUGGCUGCUGGUUCUGAGUGUGAUGGAUCAUCCCGUCCUGAACGCUGACGCCUGUUCUAUGAACAAACUCGUCACACGUCUUCUCAUCUGUUCACAUUCCAUCUGCUUCUGGCAACAAUCCUUCUCCUCCUCCUCCUCCUCCUCCUCCUCCUCCUCAUGUAGUAACCAGUCCCAGUUUCUUUAUCACUGACGUCAGCUCCUCAAGUUUCUAUUUGAUUCAUCAAAAAUCUCACAGUGUUUUUAGUGUGUUAGUUGUCAGCAAAACAUCUGUAACAUCUGCCACCAGCAGAUAAAGACCAGUUACACUUAAAAACAAGAAAGUAUUAAAUCUCAGAAAUAUUGAAAAACAUCAAAAUAAAAUGAAAUUUAAUCCAUUAAUCAAUAACAUAAAGAAUAUAUAUGAUGUUAUAUGUUGUUAUAUGUCACAGCUUGACAGUCGCCUCAGACUCUUGGAAACUGAAGGACUUUUUCUUUGUUUCUGACCUUUUUAAUUUAUAAUUGUUAUUUGCACUCGUGAAGGGAACGUGACUGAUGAUUGAAAAGUAUUGAUAGAAGGAAUUUUCCAGUUUCCACCACAGCUCCGGACUGUUUAUGUUCUCAGUCUGUUUUUAUUUGUCUCGUAAAGGUUUUGCUUGUUUCACAAACACGGAGAUCGACAAGAUGCUAUUGGUCAGGAUUUAUACUGAAGGUUUUAAACGUCACUGAAAAAGGUGGAGGAGGAGGAGGUGGAGGAGGAGGGAGGAGGAGGAGGUGAGGGAAGGAGAAGGAGGAGGAGGAGGAGGAGGUGGUGGAGGAGUGACGCUCGACACUGUGUCACUGUCGUCUCGUUUCAACAGAAUAUUAUCUGAAGUGGAUCGUUCAGUGAUUCGUUCACACUCUCGUCGUUCACUAUUUAUUUGCCCUGAUGUUUUGCUGUUUGCUUUAAGUUGCAUUCCAUAUAGAAUUUAAUUAUUAACAAACUGGAUGAGACUGUGGUUAUUGUCCAUGAGUAAAAUACGCUGUAUAUACUGUGUGAGGAUUUAUCUGAACGUCAUUAAACACAGAAUUUAUCUGA